UUGCAUUGCUCCUUUCUCCUACCCUUCCUUCCCCACUGUCCAUUUGGCCAUCUCCAGCUCAUUCCCUUCAUCAGAGGCUGCUCAGCUCAGCCACAGCCUUGCCAAGAUCUCUCACUUCUUCAAUGGCAGCCGCUUGCCCUCUUGCUAUCACCUUCUUCUUCUGCUGUAUCCUCCUCCUUGAAACCAUCUGCACUUCAGGAGCGUUUCUGGAUAUCUCAUAUGAUUCAACACAAGUCAAGAUACUGUCCAGCUCAGUGAUCACUGAGUACAGAGUCAUGGUCACUGAGCAGCAGCAUGCCUACCUCUUCUUGAAGCCAUUUGAGUGCAGCAGCAGGACGAGGUCAUGCAGGUCAGAGCAUCUUGCCGGCUCAUUCGUCAGUGAAGUUCUUGUGCCCAACCAGCACCUCAACGUCAGCACCAUCAUCGUCACGGUCGACGAGAGGCAGCUCGGAGCCUUGCACCGCACCUUGCAGUCGGUUCACGCUUCUCUCGGCAGCGCCGGAUUGGCGCGGAGCAUUAAUGUCUCGCCGGAGCUCUCACCGUCUUCUCUACGGAUCAUACCCAAGAAUCGUCACGAUAAAAAGCAAUGGGGUAAGAUCAUGGAGUUCGUGAGGAGGUCAGGCUCGUUUGUUCAGGUGGAGAUGGAGAUGGAGGCAGAGGUGAACGGUAAACUCGCCGUCAGCGCGGCGAUCCAAGAGGCCGUCGCUGAUCUCGCCGCUCUGUCGAGCGCGGACGCCGGCGUAGUGCUCCAUCUCAAGAGCCGUGCGGCUCCAAGGAUGGUGGAAAUGGCUAAGCUGGUCGGCGAUAUCAGUCAAGAGAAGUGGUUCUUGGGUCUUCUCGUGGACGUCUCGUCUCCUCGGCGGGAGCUCGCUGAGGCAAGAGCAACGGCGCACGACGAGUUCUCGCCGGUCACCAACCCGGCGACGAUGCCCGUGACCAACCCGGUGACCGUGCCCGCCACGAACCCGGUGACGAACCCGAUGUCUCCGGGCUUCGUCACCGUGCCGUCGACCAACCCGGGCAACGGGUUCGCGACCAACCCCAACCUCCCGCCGCUGUACCCUGAGCCGACGACGCCGACCACCAUGCCCGGCCCGACGACCACAACGCCAACCCCGAUGACGGUGCCCGCCCCCACCAUGAACCCGGUCACCACGCCGACCAUGCCGGGGCCCGUCACCAACCCCACAACCCCGGUGACCAACCCAGCGACCACGCCAACGCAGUUCCCGGGCACGUCGCCGGUCACCAACCCCGUCACCACCUACCCGUACCCCCAGCAGGGCGGCGGCGUGGGCGUGGGCACCGGUGGCAUGCCGACGACGCCGGUGUACCAGCCACCGGCGACAAUGCCCGGCACGGUGCAGCCCGCCGCGCCCACCGUGGCGGGUCAGACGUGGUGCGUCGCCAAGACGGGCAUGAUGGAGACCGUCCUGCAGGACGGUCUCGACUACGCCUGCGGUAUGGGCGGCGCCGACUGCUCGGCCAUCCAGCCGAUGGGCAGCUGUUACAACCCCAACACCCUGCAAGCGCACGCCUCCUACGCCUUCAACAGCUACUUCCAGAGGAACCCGUCGCCAGCGAGCUGCGAUUUCGGAGGAGCCGGCAUGCUCGUCAACGUCAACCCAAGUUCAGGAACUUGCAUCUAUCAGACAUCAGCAGGUUUCGGCGCCGGUUACAUCCCCGGGGUGACAGGCACCGUGCCCACCGGUUACAUCCCCGGGGUGACAAGCACCGUGCCCACGGGCACAGCAACGGGCACGGCGGUGGGCGGGGGCUCGGGCUCGACGGUGCUGAACGCGAACAACCCCGGCGGGAAUUCGAUGUACGGCGGCUCCGACAACCCGACGGGCUUGACCGCCGGCUCGGCCUCCCUGUCCUGCGGCUGGGUCCUGUGCCUCAUCUGGAUGAUCGCCUUUGCUUUUGUCAAUGAGAAAGUGUAGCCUCCUUGUGCUGCUGUACUAGUUCAACACAUCUACAUGUUGUUAAUCCAGUUUGUGUACAGAUUGGUAUGAAUAGAUACUUUUAGAUAUAACUAUAUGAUUAAUUAUUAAAAGUUGUGUUUAUUGAGAAGAGAUGUCUUCUCAAUGAAUAUAUCCUCUUAUCAUAUCCUUUUACCAUGUAU